AUGACCAUCACCUUCAUUGUUUCGUCGAGUGUUGCUCCCUCUGAUCUUAAAAAUUCCAAUUUUAAACCGUUUGUUGUUCCAUCCAUCCUUCCUCAGCAACAAAAUGAGACAAGAAAGCAAUCUUACAAAUUGAUUCAAACCAGUCUUGAAGAUAAGGAUAUUUAUUUGAAUGUCGGAUCACACAAUUCUUUUGUAAUGACAGCAUUUCAGUGUUACUCACAACAUCACCAAUUAGAGAUCAGACCAGAUGAUGUUUGGAUCGCGAUCUGUACACAAUUCUCAAACUAUGUUAAUGGUCAUUCGCAAGACCUACGAAAUAAGUUUGUCAAUUUCGAAGGAAAGAAAGAAUUGACAGUGUAUGGAUCAGGUACACUCAUGUCUGCCAACUAUGUCGAAAUGAGUCGUGAAAUGGCAUUUGAAAUUGCAAAGAACAUCAAAGAUCCAUCAGUGCGAGAAUGGAUCAUUCCUGAUUUUAGUACUACCACUCCUACCGACCGAAUGUGUGGUGCUGUCAUGUUGAUGGCCACAACCAAAAGCUAUUUUGAUUUCAAAUUUAUGUUAUUGUGCGGAUUACCAAGUGUGACGUUGCAUGGAACAGUUGAAGAUUGGAUCAAACUUCGUGAAAAAGCUCAAAAAUUGCUUGAAUUUGAUCUCAAAGAAGGACACAUGACUAAAUGGUCUCUCAUGUUAUUUCCCAUCUUGGAUCAAUUUGUGAAUUCUGCAAAGGGAAAUCCAGACACAGAAUGGUGGAACAGAAUUGCACAUACCAAAGGAGGUGGAUCAGGUCCAACCUAUUUGAGUGGUUGGAUCACUGCCUUUUGCGUCUUUGACGAUAAAGGUCGUUGGCAUGGAGAUGAAAAAUCAAAGAAUGAUGGCUGGGGAAGAAUAUUUGAAUCAAGCGAAUGGCCAAUUGUGGACUUGGAUUUUGUUCCUCGUGGCUUUGUCAAUGUACCCAUCACUGUGAAUGACAAUGGUGUCACAUACAAGACUGAAAUGUUUGCUGGUCAUAUGUGCUCCAUGAGAGGAGAUGAGGAGCCGAAUGUUGCAUUGAAACCACGUGUGGAUUGGGCUUUCUUUGUUGUGGAGGAGGAGUAG